UCCUCCCGCCCGGCAGCGGCAGCAGCGCCAUCCAUGGGGUCCGGCGGCCGCCGCGGCGCGACGGGGGCGAGGGCGCUGCCGCUGCUGCUCCUGCUGCUGCCCGCGCCGGGCGGCCCCGCCGCACUGCCCCUGCCCGAUGUGGACGAGUGUGCCCUGGGCCUGGAUGACUGCCACCCAGAUGCUAUUUGUCAAAACACCCCGAAGCUGUACAAGUGCAUGUGCAAAGUGGGUUACACCGGGGAAGGGAAGAAAUGUGAAGACAUUGAUGAAUGUGACAACGACUUCAAUGGGGGCUGUGUCCACGAGUGUUUCAACAUUCCAGGAAAUUACCGCUGCACUUGCUACGAUGGCUUUAUGCUGGCUCACGAUGGCCACAACUGCCUGGACACAGAUGAGUGCAUGUUCAACAACGGUGGCUGCCAGCACGUUUGUGUCAACACCGUGGGGAGCUACGAGUGCCUCUGCAAGGAAGGGUUCUUCCUGAGUGACAACCAGCACACCUGCAUCCACCGCUCCGAAGAAGGCAUGAGCUGCAUGAACAAAGAUCAUGGCUGUGCUCACAUCUGCAGAGAAACACCCAAAGGAGGAGUUGCCUGUGAAUGCCGACCAGGAUUUGAGCUGUCCAAGAACCAGAGGAGCUGCAUUUUGACAUGUAACCAUGGGAAUGGGGGCUGCCAGCACACGUGUGAUGAUGCUGACAAUGGGCCUGUUUGUGGAUGCCACCCCAAGUACGUCAUGCACGUGGAUGGGAAAACCUGCCUGGAGAGGGAAGAAGCUGCUGUUGAAGUUUCUGAGGGAAACACCACAGCAGCAGCUGAUGUGGACAAGAGAGUGAAGCGACGGUUGCUUAUGGAAACGUGCGCGGUGAACAACGGCGGCUGCGACCGCACCUGCAAGGACACAUCCACUGGAGUCCACUGCAGCUGCCCCGUCGGAUUCACGCUCCAGUUUGAUGGCAAGACAUGCAAAGAUAUUGAUGAAUGCCAGUCCAAUAAUGGAGGCUGUGAUCAUUUCUGUAAAAACACUGUUGGCAGUUUUGACUGCAGCUGCAGAAAAGGAUUUAAAUUAUUAACAGAUGAGAAGUCCUGUCAAGACAUCGAUGAGUGCUCCUUCGAGCGGGCGUGCGACCACACGUGCAUCAACCACCCCGGCACCUUCGAGUGCACUUGCAACAAGGGAUAUGCCCUGUAUGGCUUCACACACUGUGGAGAUAUCAAUGAAUGCAGCCUCAACAAUGGUGGCUGCCAGCAGCUGUGUGUGAACACACUGGGAGAUUAUGAAUGCCUGUGUCACUCUAACUACAAGCUACACUGGAAUAAAAAGGACUGUGUUGAGACAAAAGAUCCCAUGUCUGAUAAUGUGUCACCCAAGGUGCUGCUGCACUGCAUUAAGAGUGGUGGGAGUGAUAGAUGCUUUUUGAGCUGCUCUCCAGAUGUCCAGGUAUUCUCUGGAACACAAGAUGCCUACACCCUCACCUGUGGCAGGUCCUCUCAGCUUAAGAAAAAGCAGCAAAAUGCAAAUUCUUCCAGCUGGCUGGAUGCUUCAGCUAUCAAGAUAAGCGUAACCUUUAAAUUAAAUGAAGGAAAAUGUAGUCUGAAAAAGACUGAGAUGUUUCAAGAAAGUCUGGAGCAGAUGACACCAGAGAGACAAAACUCAGUCAUGGAGAGCUUUCACUAUGUAAACCUAACAUGCAGCUCUGGCAAGAAAGUCCAUGGAGCCCUCAGUAGACUGACAGCGACUAGAGAGAUUUUUAUCACUGCAGACUUCGAGCUUGAAACGAGCCGGAAGGAGGUGACAGACACGUGCGACGUGCGCUGUGCCCGGAAGAAGACGGAGAAGCGGUUCCGUAAAACCAUCCGAACCUUGCGGAAGACGGUCAGCAGGGACCAGUUCCGCGUCCGCAUCUCUGGCACGGACCACGAGGUGGCCAGGAAGGCUCUCAAGCCAUCAGAGCCACAGCAGUCCUGUGCUGUGGGACAGCUGCAGCACCCGGGUAACAGAUGUGAUCAGUGCUCCCCUGGUGAAUAUUCCCCUGAUGGCUUCAAGCCCUGUCUGCCAUGUCCCCUUGGAACAUACCAGCCUGAGGCUGGGAGAGUAUCCUGCUUUCCCUGUGGAGGAGCUCUAACAACAAGGCACAGCGGGGCAUCCUUGUUUCAGGACUGUGAGACCAAAGUUCAGUGUUCUCCUGGGCAUUUUUACAACACCACAACUCACCGAUGUAUUCGCUGUGCAAUCGGGACAUACCAGCCUGAGUUUGGACAAAAUUACUGCAUUUCCUGCCCUGGAAACACCACUACUGAUUUUGAUGGGUCAACAAACAUUACUCAGUGCAAAAACAGGCAGUGUGGAGGGGAACUGGGAGAUUACACUGGAUAUAUUGAAUCACCCAACUAUCCUGGGGACUACCCUGCAAACACUGAGUGCACUUGGAAUAUCAACCCUCCACCGAAGCGCCGCAUCCUGAUCGUGGUUCCAGAAAUAUUCCUGCCCAUAGAAGAUGAGUGUGGAGACUACCUGGUGAUGAGAAAAAGCUCUUCUUCCAACUCGGUGACCACGUACGAGACCUGCCAGACCUACGAGCGCCCCAUAGCCUUCACUUCCAGGUCUAAGAAACUGUGGAUCCAGUUCAAAUCCAAUGAAGGGAACAGUGCCAAGGGAUUCCAAGUUCCUUAUGUAACCUACGAUGAGGAUUACCAAGAGCUAAUAGAAGACAUCGUCCGGGAUGGCAGACUUUAUGCAUCUGAAAAUCAUCAGGAAAUACUUAAGGACAAGAAGCUGAUAAAAGCAUUGUUUGACGUGUUGGCACAUCCACAGAACUACUUCAAGUACACAGCCCAAGAGUCAAGAGAGAUGUUCCCAAGAUCCUUCAUCCGGCUGCUGCGCUCCAAAGUUUCCAGAUUUUUGAGGCCUUACAAAUAA